CGCAGCAGGAAGAGCCGCAGUCCGCUUUGGACGCGGCGAAGUGUUGUCGCUGAUCUUUCCAGUUGUGAAACGAAGGCCGGUGUUGGGAAUGUGAGGUAUUUCUUGCUUGAAGUAAACCUGCGAAGCAAUGAUCACUUGGUUUCGGUUUGAUAGUCGGGGAAUGCUGCCAGCUGCUGAUGGAUGAAAGCUAUUUUAAUGUUUGACCCGCGUCGGUGCACUUGAACAAUUGGACUUUUGCAAUUUUGUUGAUGUUACGUCGACUGCGGCUCCUGUAUCAUGGCUAUUCACAAUCCCCAUUAGACAUCUUUUUUUGCGAACUUGGAUCCCUCGCACCAAACAGAAACCGCAUUUCCUCCAUCGCCAGUCCUUCUCUGGAAGUUGAUCCAACGUUUAUUUACGGCAAAUGAAUGAAUUUAAAGUUAUCGAUAUUUUUCAAAAGAUAUCAAAAGUUGUCGGCACCUCGAUAAUCCGUGCAAGAUGCAAGGAUAUGUGUGUGUGUGUUUAAACUUGAAGGAGGAAAUUAAUUCUCCUGUCUUGCAGCAUUGUUGACAUGAUUUCAAAUGAUAUUCUUGGUCGUCAGCUUUCUUCAAUAACUUUCUUUCGAACGAUUAUGGAUGGUCGAUUAUGGAUGUGGUGCCUAUGGCUGAAGAAACCAAUCUGACAAAAACAAAACAGGAAAGCUCAGCAGCUUCUGUGAAGAAAGAUCAGAGUCAAUGUUGUGGGUCCAGGGACCCUUCCUCAGAACUGAGUUCUGAGCUUUUCCAGCAAUUUUAAUUUUCGUUUCUGAUGUUCAGCGUCCGCAGUUCUUGCGGUUUUUACCAACCUGGGUGAGAUUCUGCCUUAGGUCUUUUGGAAACGUUGUUCAUCAAACAUUGUUGUAGGUUCUGAGGAAAAAUCACUGGACACGAAACAUUAACUCUGUUUUACCCUUCACAGACGCUGCCAGACCGGCUGGGCUUUUCCAGCAGCUUUGUUUUUGUUGUAUGUCAUCGUGUUCGGUGUUGUCACCUUUCGUAAAACCACAGUGUUCAGUAAUCGUUAAGCUGAUGUCACCACUUUUUUCUUUUGACAUCAGCUAAUGUUUCUCAAGCGAGGAAAGCAAUGUUUCAGGCUUUCAUAUCCUUUGCUAGGAUGCUUGGAAUCCUACUCGUCUGCUGGUCGUUUGGUUCUGAUAAUACUGGGUCUCUAACUAAGGCUGUUGGAAGACGAAGUGAUCAUGGCUGAUGUCCUACCAAAUGCAAUAUUAGAAAUUUGUGUUGUUGUGGGAGCAUCUGAUAAAAAACUGAAGGAAAUAUGCCAGGUAGUCCAAAAAGAUGAUGCUCAGUCACAUAUUUGUCUCAUCCCAGAGGUUCUGUCAGCUCAUGUUCCUCCAUUUGUCACUAGAGACAUCAGCCACUCUAGUCACAUUGCUCAAAGUUUUACCAAAACUUCAAGACAUCGCUCGUUCAGAAAGAAAAAAGAUUUUAAGCAUUCAACAUCUGCCCUAAGCAAUACAAAUGCAAAUCAUAAAGAGCCACAGACUGAAGAAAUUAGCAUUCCAAAUAACAUUGAUCUUCAAGGAUUGCCUCAGUUAUGUUUUCCAGGAGAACUCCAAAUAGAAACUGAACCAAAGGAGGAUCACUACCACUUCUUGGUGUUCACAGAUGUUUUUGGAGCAAGAACCUAUGGUGUGGUAGUGCAGUUUUAUAGGCCUGUUCAGGAAGAAAAGAGUUUUCAAAAUGGACAAGCACAUUGGGAUGCAGCUGUGCAAAAGCCUAGGAUGUCUUUAUAUGCUCCUUUCAGUAUUUGUGUGAUAUCUAAAUUCCCUUACUUUACAGCCUUGAAGGAUUCUCUGUCCUGUCUUACAAUGCAAGUGAAGUCAUGUCAUCAGGUGGACUUUGAUCACGAAGUUCACCAAUUUGCAGCAAAAUUAGCAUUGGUUCCCAGUCCGCCACCUGGAACCCUCCAUUUGGUAUUUAAUUUGAAACCAUUGCAGAUUACAUUGCCUUCAAGGGAGGAUCCGAAGUACCCUAUAGUAGAUUUGGACCUUCACAUUCCUUUCCUCUGCUUCAAACCUAAAUGUAUCCUUCAGAUCCUGACAUGUUUUUUACUUGAACAGAGGAUAGUCUUUUUGUCAGCUGAUUGGGCUUUGCUGACACUCAUCGCAGAAUGUUUUAUUCUCUAUCUUCACCCACUCCAGUGGCAACAUACCUAUGUUCCUAUCCUGUCCAAAGGCAUGAUGGAUUUUCUAAUGGCACCAACAGCUUUCUUGAUGGGCUGCCAUGUCGAUUACUUUAAUAAAGUUAACUCAGAAAUUGAAGGCUUGAUAUUGGUGAACAUCGAUGAAGGAACCAUUAAAUCCUCCGACUUGUCAGAUAUCAAGCUAGACAUACCUGAAAUUCCUUUAGAAGCAGCGGAAUGUUUUACACAAAGGAUAGAAAAUCUACAGCUGUACUAUGAUCUGGAAUUAUCUCACUUGGGCUCCAGCACAGAUAUUUCAGAUUUACGCAAGCGCAGAAGGGAAUGGCAGCAGAACCUGCAUGUUCAAAUUCAGCAAAUAUCCUUGGAACUGAUGGUUAACAUCUUCAGGGAAGUAUCAGACUAUCUUAAUUAUGAAUAUCGCGUCUUCAACAGUGAAGAAUUCUUGAAGACCAGGACCAUUUCUGAUCAGCCUUUUUACAAAAAGGUUUUGGAAACGUAUAUAUUCCAUUCUUUCCUUAAAGCUCGUUUGAGUGGAAAAAUGGAUGCUUUCAGCUACAUGGAACUCAGCAGUUGCUCCGAAAAUGACAGAGGAAAGAUGCUAGCUAGUCCACGGAGGCCCACAAUGGAAGAAAUGGCUAUGAAGAGGGAGCGUAAUUCUGACUUCUUGAUGAUUAAUCGACUUGCUGCAAGCAUGCCAAAUCUACCAGUGGAUACCUUGUAUGAUUUGUCGGUUGUCCAUCUGUCUACAGGGAAGAACAAACGUGAAAAUGCUUUAAAAAGGAGCAUGAAAUCAAUAAGAAGAUUCAAGCUGCCGGAGUUUAGUAGCCCUGUUAUGUAUUCUCAUGUGAUUGACUGGUAUGUAGAUUUUGCCAACUUGCUGAGCAGAGCCAUAAAUUCCACAGGAACGGAAAACUCAAGCCUCCUGGCAAGAUAUUACUAUCUCCGUGGGUUGGCUUAUUUGAUGCAGGAAAAGUUUCAAGAGGCACUUUCAGAUUUUCAGAGCCUUUAUAAGACUGACCGUGAUAUCUUUCCCAAAGAACUUGUAAAGAAAGUGAUCGGCGCAAUGCCUCCAGAUCAAUGUAAACAUGCAAGUCGAAACCCAGAACUAAAGCGACUUAUUAGCAUAAUGUUAGAGAAAGAAGGAGAUGUGACUACAUCUGAUGAACAUGUGAAAACUUUUCAGCUCCCUAAAACCCACAUGCAUCAAGAGGAUUUUAUGAAACGGAUCCAGGAAUCUGGAAUUGUGAAGGAUGUUGACACCAUUCUUCGGUUGUUUGAUGCCUUAACGAUUGUCAGUUCUGAAAAGAACAGCUUUAAUUCUCGUGAUAUGACUUCGGAGCAAUGGCCAACACCAAAAGCGGUUUCAAGAUCAGUAUUUUAUUUAUCGGCUGAGACGGGGCAUUUGAAACAGAUUGAUCCUGAGACAUUUAAAGAUUUUUACAACUUCUGGAAAGAAUCUGAGACUGAGGCACAAGAAGUUAACCUUCCUCUGGAAGUGAUAGAGCACUUGGACAAAAAUGAAAGUGUCUAUAAAUUAUCAUCCUCUGUGAAAACUAAUUAUGGUGUGGGCAAAAUUGCGCUGACACAGAAGCGACUGUUUCUUCUUUCAGAGGGUAGACCUGGCUAUGUUGAGAUUGCCAAAUUUAGAGAGAUACUGGAACUUGAAAACAUUUCAGUGAUGUUUUUCCCACUUCGAAUCCCAGCUCUUAAAAUUAAAACUACUCGGAAGGAACCAUUUAUUGGAAACCUGAAGAAUGAACGUGAUCUUUGGCAGCUAAUUGUGAAGGAAAUGUGGGCUGGGAAAAAAUUGGCCGAUAAGCUCAAGGACCCACAGUACAUUGAGCAAGCACUAACCAAUGUUCUGUUAAUGGAUGCUGUGGUUGGAUGCAUGCAGUCUCCUCGAGCUAUUUAUGCAGCUUCCAAAUUGGCUUAUUUUGACCAAAUGAAAAAUAUGGUGCUUCCUAAAACAACUUCAGAGACUUUGAAACACAAGAUAAAUCCUUCUGCUGGUCAAACAAGCCCUCAGGCUGUGAAUGCAUUUUUGUAUACACCAGGUCAUCGAACACGUCUAGAAGAGGAUGAAAAUGCAAAUCCAAUAUUAUGGUGCGCAUUAAGUGAAGGAAAAGUAGUGCUCUUUAAUUCAACAACAUGGUCCAUUCAGCAGCGCUGUAUUCGAGUGGGAAGCUUGAAAUUGAACUGUUUGUUGGCAGUGGACAGCCAAGUUUGGGUUGGUUCACAAGAUUCCUCUAUUUACAUUAUCAAUACUCAUAGCAUGUCUUGCAACAAGCAACUGACUGAACAUUUCAGUGAUGUCACUGACAUGGUCUUGGAGGAUAAGGGCUCAAAGUUCAGUCAGAAGCAAGUGUAUUCAUGCAGUCUAGAUGGAAGAAUCAUUAGCUGGGACGUGCACACAUUAGAGAUAAAGACUAAUUUUCAGUUGUCCAACUGCCACAAGCUAACUGCCAUUAAACUUCACAAUUCUAUGCUCUGGUGUUGUAUAGGAGACGCACUGCUGGAAGUGAAAAAAAAUGGGCAACUGUUACGGAGAGUGAUGUUAUUGGAAAAUCCAAAAGGGCGUCAUGUCCAAUUUAGCAGUUUCCUUGCCUUUCCUGAGGAAAAUCAGUUGGUGACAGCAUGUGCCGAUAAAGGAGAAGUUUGUAUUUGGGAUAUGAAGGAUCUGUCAAAACCCAUGCAAAAGAUCCAGCUUCAGGCCUGCAAGAGCAUUAAUUGUAUGAUACGUGUUAAAAAUCAGCUCUGGAUUGGAGGCAGAGGAUCAGACAAAGUGAGAGGGAAAAUCUAUGUGGUAGAUACAACCACAUGCAAUGUGGAAAAGGAACUGGUAGCUCAUGCAGACAUGGUUCGAGCACUGUGUAGUAUUGAAGACAGAUAUGUUAUUAGUGGUGCUGGCAAAGAAGAUGGGAAAGUUGCCAUCUGGAAUGUUGGGUAACUUAUCAUCUUGUAUGCAUUUUACCUCAAUGGUACUAUAGUGUUGACCUUUGAACUUUGCUUAUUUGAGGAUAGCAUGCAAUUCCUGUCCUUUGGCCCAACUGUUUAAUUAUGCUUUUAAAAGUCUAUCUGAAACAAGAACAAAAUACUAAAAAAGUACUUAAUGCAUGCAACAAUGAGACCUGAAAAUAUUUUUUUUUUCGGAAUCAUUAGGAAUCUGCACUAAUACAGAAUAGUAUUGAAUUUUUCACUUUGAUUCAUGUAUUGCUAUAAGCUGCCUCUUGAAAUUACAUAGUGCAGACAAAAUUUGUUUCAAACUGGUGCUAAAGUGGAAUGAUUUGGGCUAGCUUGAAUUGUAUUAAUACCAUUGUGCAACUGACCAUAACUUACUUCCUACUUCAUAUGAAUUAACCAAAGAACUACUAAUCAGAUUGCCAAAUAUGCAAAGUCCAUAGAUCAGGCAACAUCUGCAGAGAGAAAUAUUUCAGGUCAUAACCCAACUUGCUAUGUGUUUUCAGCACUUUCAGUUCUUAUUUCAGGGUUUCUGUAUCCAUGGUACUUUGCUUGUAUUUGAUUUGAACAAUUUUGUGCACAUUUUGCAAUUUAUUACUCAAUUUUUUUUUUAUAUAUUCACAGUUGCUAGGCCAUUGCUUUGGGGUCCUCCAAUGAAUCUAAAUUUAUGUAGGGAAUGAGGAAUUUAAAAGUGAAGUAAAGAUUUGGGAACAGAAAUCGAAGUUGAGCUUGAAUAUUAGACAGAAUAUGAUUAAUAUUGUGAAUAAGCUGUUUUGUAUGUUUUCUUUCCCUGCAAGUUUGUAGUGCUAUAUAAUAGAAUGUACAGGAUCUGAAAAUAUUGUUGUGGUCCAUCUGCUCAUUCCAGUUGCCUAGGAUAUAACACCAAUUUUUUUUACAAGUAUUUUGAAAAGUACAAAAUGUCAAUGCCACACCAAGCAGUUUUUUGAGCUUCGAACCUUAACUGUUGCAGGACGAUUGUCUAAAACAUCAAUGCCGGUAACGCACAUGUCCAUAUACUUCUUUGUUUCUAUAUGUAUAUUUGUAUAAAUUUUAAUAUUUUUGAUCAGACAUAUUUAAAAUAAUCUGUAAAGUAGGCAUAGAACACAAUUCACUGCCUUGCAUCAUUUGUCUAUUAUGUUUAACAUGUACAGGCUGCUAAUUGCAGAGCAAUAUUCAACUAUUAUUAAUUUUUCUUAAGUAAAAACAACCCACCUACCUCAACAUUCUGUACAAUAUUACAACAUUACCAAUCCCUUUCCACUCAAAUCGGUAAACCUGUUAUAAUGCUCUGAUUUAAAUCUGCUUGUAUUAAAACCAUAAGAAAGUGAAACUUGAGGUGUGUCAUGAGGUUUGCGGAUGCCUUAUGAGCCCCAGAAAUUAUUAAAUAACAACCGACUGUGCUGGAGUUGCAGGUUGCUUUCUGAUUCAGCAUUGACUAGAGUGGUCAUGGUAUAUAAAGGCAUGCGAUGGAUUGGCAGAAAUUGAACUAAUUAUAUACAUGGUGUGCUACUGUGCUUAUGAUCUAAAAAUAUUUCACCUAGGGUGGUACACUAAAGUCUCAACUUCAAGAUGAAAGUACCCCAUCAGUCUUUAUAUUCCAAAUGUUGAAAUUCAGUUUUUUGUAAUUUGUGCCGGAUUGAGUAAAUUAGAAAGUAGUUUCUUCUGAUUAAAGAGCAGUGAUACACUCUUAUGUAUUAUAGUUUUUAAAACAAAGGAAAAUCUUUGUUUUGCUAAUUAUAGAGCUGUUGAUUCAUACAGUGCAGAAACAGACCCUUCGGCUCAACUUGUCCACACUCACCAGACAUACUGAUCUGACCUAGUCCCAUUUGCCAGCAUUUGGUUCAUGUCCCCCUAAACCUGUCUUAUUCAUAUACCAGUCCAUUUGCCUUUUAAAUGUUGUAAUUGUACCAGCCUCCACUACUUCAUUUGGCAGCUCAUUCCAUACACGCACCACCCUUUGAAUGAAAAAGUUGCCCUUUUAAAUCUUUCCACUCUCCCCUAAAAUCUAUGCCCUCUGGUUCUGGACUCCCUCACCCUAGGAAAAAGACCUUGGCUAUUCACUCUAUCCAUGCCAAUCUGAUUUUAUAAACCUCUAUAAGGGCACCUCUCAGUCUCCGACAAUCCAGGUAAAAAGCCCUGGACUUUUCAGCCUCUCCCUGUAAUUCAAACCCUCCAGUCCCAGCAACAUCCUUGUAAAUCUUCUCUGUACUCUGUCAAGUUUAACAACAUAUUUCCUAAUAGAAAGGCAACCAGAAUUGUAUUUUAAAAGUGGCUUCACCACGUAGGGACCAGAGAGCAUAAACUCAGAGUAAGGGGCCACCCUGUUGUGACAAAAAUGAGGAGGAAUGCCUUCUGUCAGAUGGCAGUGAAUUUGUGGAAUUCUUUACCCCAGAGGGUUGACGAGGCUGGGUCAUUUAAAUGUAUUCAAAAACUGAUAUUGAUUAAAAAACUAAGGGGAUGUUAGAUUGUGGAGAAAAGACAGGAAAAUGGAAUUGAGAACAUCAGAUUAGCCAUGAUCUCGUUGAAUGGUGGAGCUGUCUCAGUGGGCCAAAUGACCAAGUUCUGCCUUUGUUUUAGUGUAAAUAUCUAGUCCAGCACAAGGGUAUUGCAAUUUCUGAAAUACACAGUGAAUGAACAAUACAGCAUUUAGUAAAAUAGUCACUAGAGUGAAAAAGACUUUUUAUUGAUAAUUGCUUGGUAGUACAGAACUUAAGCAUUACUGACAAGAGAUGCACGUGAAGAUUUUCAUUUUGCACUCACGAAUGUUUUCGUCAACCUCAAUAGAUCUGUAGUUGAGUUCAGUUUCAGUUGUACCAUGUAGCCCAAAUACAUAGUUUUGCCAUGGAAUCCUCUCUAGGACCAGGUCUUACUGACAGUCUGUUUGUCAAUUAGCACAAGAGGCAUCCCUUUGAUUUAAUAAUGACUAAUCUCCCACCUCUUGAACACUUCCGAUAGUCGGUGACACAUCUGCAAUAUUUGAAUCCCACAGCUACAUCAAAGAAUUUCUGUGCUCAAUUUACUAAAUUCCAUUCUGCACUUAGAUUUACCAUUGAAAAGGAGGCAUCAAGCGAGCACCCUUUUCUUGCUGUGUUGGCUGAGAAAAUUGCCAAUGGGUUUGGUGCUAGUAUCUGCUACAAACCUACAUUCGUUGGUCAAUAAAUGCAUUACGAUUCCAACAGUUCCAUUUGCUGCAAGAUCAAAUUUAUUGACAAGCUCAUGAAUAGAUGUUGUGAGAGAAUGUUUCAAAACUACCCUCAUGAAAUCAUCAUUCAUGUGGUAUGUGAGUUCCAAUACAGUUGAGAUGCAUUCUUGCUACACUUCCCAUGGCACUGCCCUGACAAUUCAGUCUACCUGUCUUAGCUGUUUAAUCAGCUAAUUAAGAUUGACAUUUAAACAUUUUUGCUACAUCUCCAUGCCGACCAGUCAGCUCUUCUCAUGCUGUAUACAUUUUUAUUGUUGGAACAAAUACAAAUAAAAUGUUUCUUGUAUUGCUCAAUAACCAAAAGCAAAUACCAAUGUUCAAUGAAUUUAAGACAGCCCAAAAUGGGUCUUCAUUAGCAGUUUGAAAGAACACACUUUUUGUCAGUUAUUUUUCAGCAAUUUAAUAAAUAAAAAUGUUUUUUUUAAUGCUAAGAUUAUUAGUGAAGUCAUGUUAGAAAAAGGCAUUUAAUAUUUUAUCUGCAAUGGGAUUGUAAAUCUGCAAACUUGUUAUAACCUGUUACAGUAUGUUAUUUCACAUAGUUAAGCUGUUAAAUAAAAUGUUGUAAAUUAAGAUUCAAUUGAGAAUAAACAUAAGCAAAAUCAGCUGUGUUUAGUGAGCAGAUCAAAACCAAAAUAUGUCACACUAAUGUACUGUGUAAAAUGCAAAAGUUACAUUGAAGUUGUUACGAUAUGAAACAAUAUUUGAUGCUUUGUACAGUAAUGUUUUUCUUAUCUCAUCUUUGCUGCAGUACUAGUCAUAUUUCAUAUUCAUUUCUCCGAUGUUUCUUAUUUUAAUAA